AUGUCACCCUACACGCUCCUCGUCGGCUCGUGGGAUGACGCCGUAUUCACCCUCUCCUUCGACCCUUCCGCAUCGCCUCCCUCCCUCAAGCUCGUCUCGGAGCUCAAAGUAGGUUACCACCCGUCAUGGCUCGCCCAGCACCCGACGGACAGCUCGCUCGUCUUUACGGCCCAGCGGCUCUCUGACACGACGAGCGGCGAGAUCGUCGCACUCAGAUACACCGGCCCGGGCUCGGGCGUGAAGGAAAUUGGGAGGUCGAAGAAUGGGGGUGUGGACCCAUGUCAUUUGCUGGUCACCGAGGACGAAGUUGUCACAGCCAAUUACAAAGAAGGCGGCGUUGCGGUGACGCCCAUAUCUACGUCGAGGCCCUACCUCUUUCCAGACGGCGCAUACCAGUUGGAUAUGCCUUUUUAUGCGCCGGGUCCGAACAGGAUUCGUCAGGCGGGGUCGCAUGCGCAUCAGAUUGUUCCUUCGUCUGAUAGAGCUGAGCUGCUGGUACCUGAUCUCGGGGCAGACAGGACGUGGCGACUUGGGAAGAAAGAUGGACGUUGGGCAGUCCUCGAGGAGAGCAUAAAAUACGAGCCUGGCUCAGGUCCUCGGCAUGUCGUACUUUUAGACGGUAAACUAUACACCCUCUUGGAGAUCACCUCCCGCCUCGCAACGCACGCGUUUCCAUCCGGCACCUCGCUCUCAAAGUCCAUCUCCACGCUCACAUCUCCGCCACCAGCCUCGUCGGGAGCGGUGAUGGUCGCAGCGGAGCUGCUCGCACCGCUGCUGAACAGCACGUUCCCGACGCAACACCUGUAUGUGUCGAACAGAGACGACCCCUCGCCGGAAGGCGACACCAUUGCUAUCUUCGCGCUUGACGCCGAGCACGAUGGCGUGCCUGUGCUCGUGAACGAGGUGCGCACGGGUCUGCGACACGCACGAGGGAUGGUGUUCGGCGGGCCCGACGACCUGUAUCUGGCCGUUGGCGGGAAGGACGGCGGAGGAGUGAAGAUCUUCGAGCGAGUGGAUGGUGGGACGAGGUUGAAGGAGCUCGCGCAGAUUGAGGAAGGUAUCAGAAGUCCGACGCAUUUCUUAUGGAUGUGA